UAUUACCGGUUUACUUCCGGGUACUAGCAUGCUACUCGUAGCUGUGUAGAGAUGAAAGAUGGGAAAAGAUGAUUUUAGAUGUAUUGAAUGUAACGAAAAAGCAGCGGAACUCCACAGGGAUUACAGCAACGGGAUCCUGAAGAUAACAAUAUGUGAGUCCUGCCAGAAGCCAGUGGACAAGUACAUUGAAUAUGACCCAGUCAUCAUCCUCAUCGAUGCCAUUUUGUGCAAGACACAGGCUUUCAGGCACAUUUUGUUCAACACAAGACUAAAUAUCCACUGGAAGCUGUGUGUGUUUUCCCUGCUGUGUGAAGCCUACCUCAGGUGGUCCAUGCUCCAUGGCUCCGAGCAGAGCAGUGACCCUGCUGAUAUAAUCAGAUACACAAAGGAAUGGGAAUUCUACGGCAUGUUUGGAUUGGCUGCUCUUGAGCUGUCAGCAUUCUGUGGCGGAGUGCUGUGUUUCCUUUGGGUGGUGGUCUGCUGCCUGCAGGGUGAGACCAUGGAGCUCUGCCUGCUCCUCAGAGCCCUGCUGUUAUCGUGCUACGGCAAAGUCCUCCUCAUCCCCGCUGUCAUCUGGGAGCACGAUUACUCCCCGCUCUGCCUGGGCCUCAUCAAACUAUUUGUGCUCACCUCAAAUUCACAGGCGAUCAGAGUGAUCCUGAACAGCAGGAGACGUCUGUCGCUGAUGGCCGUUUGUGUUGGCCUGCUGUCGGAGACCUGCGUGGCUCAGGCUUGUAAGAAGCUUUCGUGGAGCAUCCAGGACAUGUUGACAUUUUAAUGAGAUGAGUGGCCAACAUCAUGGACUUUCUACACAUGGGAUUCAAGAGGGGAAAUAUUCAAAGCUGAAUUCUUCAAGUUCCUUUCAACUGUUUUGCUUUUGCAGGCUAGUAAUGCCAGCCAUGUGUUUUGUGUUUAUUUAAAGGUAUGAAACACAUCUCCUCCUGUGUGCUAGAAACCUGACUGACACUGCAUGUCAAAAAAAGGCCAGAUCCGUGUUGAGUUUAUGUGAUACAACAUGACAGACUGAGAAUUUGUGCUCUCCGUAGAGGCAAAGAGACAUUUUCAUACAGGAGAAAUGUUUUCAUUUGGUUUUAAUAUGGAUAACCUGGGGUACGUUGUGCAAAAAAAGUCACAGAGGGGGACGAAUGUCACUCAGACAUCUCCUGAUCCAAGCUCCUGUUAAACAUGCUCCAGUUCCUGAGCCACUCUUGAGGAAUGACACAAACACAGACCCCGAGGUUGUAAUUUGACAACAGCUACUUCUCAGUUUGGGCACGCAGCAGUCCUCACAUUCCUGAGCUAAUUGGUGAACUGUUUGCCAAAAUUAACCUAAACACACAUAUGGGAGUGUACAGGAACAGGGUGACUUUGCAGGUAUUUAUUGCAGCGUUGCUGAUGAGAGAACUGCUCAUGUAGUUCCAACCAAGAUCCAGUAUUUUGUUUUGAUGACAUUAUUGGCAUUUUUGUCAUAAUUGACUAGUAUAGCAAAGAUUUUUAAUGGUGUUUUUUAAAUAACAAUAUUGAAAAUGUCUUUCAUGUGUUCAGAGCCUACUAUGAUGUGAGUGAUCUGAUCAACACUCCAAUGUCCCCAAGUAAUCAUUUAGAAACAAUACUAGAAGCGAAUCUUACACUUUUGUGAGGACAGAGCCGGUGAAAUUGCAUUUUAAAAUAUGUGUCAUUAAAUUUAAAUGCACGAUGUUUGAAUCAUGUGGCUUCAACGCACAGAAUGUGAAAUCCUCAGAGAUCAAGCUGCAGGAGAUCGCUGCUAUCACACGUGUGAUGUGAAAUGAUGAUAAACACAUGUCGACCAGCUGCAGUUGGAACGCUCCACAAAACCUCCGCCUACUGUCGCUGGAAUGUGUCUGGAAAUAAACACAGACACAUUCCAGACACAUUCUGUGUGUUCUGUUGUUAAAUCAAUAAAACAAACUCUGA